AAUUCGGCUGCGGCAACUCUGUAUGUUCUUAGACAAACAGCUGUUCCAACAAAAUUGAAACAACAACAAAAAUGAUGCAAAACAUCCAAACAAUCGUCAGCGACGUGGAAUUGACAAAAACUAAAUAUAGAAUAAUAAAGUGCCAUAUAUUGGAAAAAUGGCAAUAAGCACCAUAUCAUACUGAUGAUAAUCGCCAAAGUAUUAGUGUAAAUGUCAAGGAAACGAUAAAUUAGCAAAUUGUGAGAAAUAUAUAAAAAAAAGUCAUACAGUGGUUUCUGGAAUCAAAGGUGUGAGGUUGCAGAUUACCACGCCAACGUAACGAUAAUAGAUACGCUUUUGAUGCAACUAGCAAAGCGGAAUAUCCGGCGAUUAUAUUGUGGAUAAAUAGCAAUUAUGUAAUUUGGUAGCUGUGAUCAAUACAUUCAACUUCGUCGUCGAGACUCUUGGAUUCGGACAUGGAUUCUUUAUUGUUUUUAACGGCAGCCGCCCACCUUUUUUACGCUCCAUUCACUAAAGUGGAGGAGAGUUUUAAUCUUCAAGCAAUGCAUGAUAUUCUCUAUUUGCGCCAAAAUUUUACACAGUAUGAUCAUCAUGAUUUUCCCGGUGUGGUGCCACGAACUUUUAUCGGGCCACUCGUUAUUUCAAUAUUGUCCUCGCCAUUUGUCAUACUUUUUGAAACACUGAAUAUGCAUAAAUUUUGGGCACAAUAUGUAGUGCGUUUAAUUUUAGCGGCCGUUGUAACAACAUCAUGGCAUAAAUUGCGUCAUGUAAUAACAAGACAACUCGGCACGGAAGUGCGCUUGUGGUUUACCAUAAUAACAUUGACACAAUUUCAUUUUAUAUUCUACAUGAGUCGACCUUUGCCAAAUAUUAUGGCUUUACCCGUUGUACUUUAUGCUUUAGCUUUUUGGCUACAAGGACAAACAAAACCAUUCAUCAUCACAUCGGGCAUUGCAAUUUUAGUGUUUCGUUCUGAACUUUUGAUAUUUUUAGGACUUUUAUUAGCAUAUGAUGUGAUAUUUCGAAAGGUUUCUAUAUCAAGCGUACUAAAAAUAGCAUUACCCGCAGGUUUGGCUAUUUUGGUCAGCACGAUUAUUUUGGAUUCAUUUUUCUGGCGCCGUAUCUUAUGGCCAGAGGGCGAAGUGCUGUGGUAUAACACAAUACUUAAUAAAAGCUCUGAUUGGGGCACAUCUCCCUUCUUAUGGUAUUUUUAUUCAGCACUUCCACGCGCUCUAGGUGCUUCAAUAAUACUGGUGCCAAUCGGUUUUUAUUUGGAGCCGCGCAUACGGGCUUUAGUGGUCGCAGCAUUGUCUUUUGUGUUAAUCUACUCGAUCUUGCCCCAUAAAGAGUUGCGUUUCAUUGUCUAUGUAUUUCCUGUACUCAAUUUAGCAGCUGCAUGUGCUUGCAGCCGUUUUUGGAUCAAUAGUGGAAAAUCAUUAUGGCAGCAAAUCCUUGCAUUUGGUGCUGGAGCGCAUUUAUUAAUUAAUAUUUUAAUAACAGUUUUCCUAUUGGUUGUAUCGAGCACCAACUAUCCAGGUGGUGUGGCGUUAACGCGCCUGCACCGUCUGGAGGCAGAUGCGGUUAACGUGUCAGUACAUAUAGCAAAUUUGGCAGCGCAAAGUGGUGUCUCGCGCUUCCUGCAAAUUCGUGACGAUUGGCAUUACUGCAAAAAUGAAUCGGUAACUUAUGAUCCCGACAUGACCCAACAUUAUACACAUCUCUUGGUGGAAGCAAAAAAUAAAAACAACCUACAACUUUGGUCUAAUCUGCAAGAGGAAUUUGAAACACUGGAUUUUGUAGAUUGCUUCAACAACAUUGGCAUACAAUACAGUUCAUUAGUACCGGUGCGGAUUAAGACAAAGCCAUGUAUUGGCAUUUUAAAAAGGCGAAAACCACCUACUGAUGUUAAAAGCAAAAAGAAAACGAAUGAUGAGAAGAAAUCGAAAAACAAGAAAAAGUCGAUCGAAAAACGAGCCAUCGACAACUCGCUAAUAGUAGAAGAUGAAGUACCAAAAGACUUGCCCAGUGAAGAAAAGACAAUAAGUAAAGCAUUAGAAGACCCUUUAGAAUUAGUAAAGAAUGUGGAGAGCAUACAAAAUGAUAUGUUCGAUCCAAAAGCCUCAAUUGAAGAUGGUUAUGUGGAGGACUGGACAUUGGAAGCAAUGGAUGAGGACGAAUUUGAAAAACCGGUUGAAGCCCAACAAACUCGAGCCCAGCCUACAUUUAGCAGCAAAGCAACUGAAGACUCUGAUAUAACAGCGCAAGAGCCAAUUGAUGCCUCCAAUCAAAUGGAUGAUAUUUCCGAUCAGCCAUCAAAAGACAUAAAUUUCCAAGAACUCCAUAAUCUGGCACUGGGUAAAGUGAAUAGAAAAACAUUAGCUACAAGACGAAAGAUUCGGCAAUUAAUCGAACAGCAUUAUCGCUCGAAGGGGCGUCAAGUAGAAAACUCUGCAGAAAAAAUUGAUAAACGUCCAGCAACUGGACAGCGUCAAACUGUUAAAGCUAUUAUAAAGCAGGAACGAAUCAAAGAAAUGAUCGAACAGAUCGCUACAAUGGACUUGACACGAAUUUGCGAUUUAGAGCAUGUAUCUACAAAAGACUGCCUGAAACAAGUCAUUGAUAGACUAGACGCCGAUGAAAAGAUAUCGAGCAAUGCAUAAAAACAUAUUUUUUAAGAAGACGGACGGCGUAUUUGUUUGCUAAUUAUAAGUGUUUGCUUCUUAAUUUUUCUAUAUUUUGUAUUUAUAUAAUCUAAGUUAUUGUUUGCCAAAGAAAUGCAAAGUUUAAUAAAUUAUAUACAUUGAAAACAUAUGAA